CUGCAGGAGGUCACAGCCAGCAGCCGCCACUAUGUGGACAGAUUGUUUGACCUCGACCCCCAGAAAGUCCUGCAAGGUGUCAUAUGCUCUGAGCCCUGGCUGGCGCUCCCUCCCUGCUCUCCUUUCUUUUCAAAGGACUGGAACCCACAACCCUUGAGAUAUGAAAAAUGCUGUAAUUGGAAACAACAAACAAAAAGCCAACUUGAUUGUUUUGGGAGCAGUUCCAAGGUUGCUGUACUUACUUCAGCAGGAGAGCUCAAGCACAGAGCUGAGGACGGAGUGCGCCGUGGUCCUGGGCAGCCUUGCCAUGGGCACAGAGAACAAUGUCAAAUCCCUCCUAGACUGCCAUAUUAUCCCAGCCUUACUGCAAGGAUUGCUGUCCCCAGAUUUGAAGUUUAUUGAAGCUUGCCUGCGAUGCCUCCGGACCAUCUUCAUCAGUCCCGUGACUCCAGAGGAUCUGCUGUACACAGAUGCUACAGUGAUCUCCCACCUCAUGGCACUGCUCAGUAGGUCUCGAUACACACAAGAGUACAUAUGUCAGAUCUUCUCACACUGCUGCAAACUCCAACACUGGCAUAGCUGCGGCUUUAAAUCAUUGCCUCAGCCACUUCUGUGUGCCAAUGGUCCAGAUCACCAGACAAUCUUAUUUAACCAUGGAGCUGUUCAGAGUAUUGCACAUCUCUUGGUCUCCGCCUCCUACAAAGUCCGAAUGCAGGCAUUGAAAUGCUUCUCAGUUCUGGCCUUUGAGAACCCCCAGGUCUCCAUGACUCUGGUAAAUGUGUCAGUGGAUGGAGAAUUGUUACCACAGAUUUUUGUGAAGAUGUUACAAAGGGACAAGCCCAUUGAAAUGCAGCUCACGUCAGCCAAAUGCCUUACUUCCAUGUGCAGAGCCGGAGCAAUACGGACAGACGAUCCCUGCAUCGUCCUCAAGACUCUGCCGUGCUUGGUUCGAAUGUGCAGUAAGGAGAGGUUGCUGGAGGAGCGGGUGGAGGGGGCAGAAACCUUGGCCUACCUGAUCGAGACCGACGUGGAGCUGCAGCGCAUCGCCAGCAUCACCGACCACCUCAUCGUCAUGCUGGCCGACUACUUCAAGUACCCCAGCUCCGUCAGCGCCAUCACCGACAUCAAGAGGCUGGACCACGACCUGAAGCACGCCCACGAGCUGCGCCAGGCCGCCUUCAAGCUCUACGCGUCCCUGGGGGCCAACGACGAGGACAUCCGCAAAAAGAUCAUCGAGACUGAGAACAUGAUGGACCGUAUCGUGAACGGCCUGUCCGAGUCGAGCAUCAAGGUGCGCUUGGCUGCAGUCAGAUGUUUGCACAGUUUGUCCCGUUCUGUACAGCAGCUCAGGACAAGUUUUCAGGAUCAUGCUGUAUGGAAGCCUUUAAUGAAGGUUUUACAGAAUGCUCCAAAUGAAAUUCUCGUAGUAGCAUCUUCCACGCUAUGCAAUCUUCUUCUGGAAUUCUCUCCAAGCAAGGAGCCUAUUUUAGAAUCAGGAGCCAUAGAACUUCUAUGUAGUUUAACACAGAGUGAGAAUCUUGCCUUGCGAGUGAACGGCAUUUGGGCUUUAAUGAACAUGGCUUUUCAAGCAGAACAGAAGAUCAAGUCGGACAUCCUGCGAGGGCUGAGCACGGAGCAGCUCUUCCAGCUGCUCUCUGACUCCGACGUCAAUGUGCUGAUGAAGACGCUGGGGCUGCUCAGGAAUCUGCUCUCCACUCGCCCACACAUAGACCAUAUAAUGAGCACUCAUGGGAAGCAAAUCAUGCAAGCAGUGACCCUCAUUCUGGAAGGGGAGCACAAUAUAGAAGUCAAAGAGCAGACAUUAUGUAUCCUUGCCAAUAUAGCAGAUGGCACGACAGCAAAAGAACUGAUUAUGACCAAUGAUGACAUCCUGCAGAAAAUCAAAUACUACAUGAGUCAUUCAAAUGCUAAACUUCAGCUUGCUGCCAUGUUCUGUAUAUCUAAUCUCAUAUGGAAUGAAGAGGAAGGUUCACAGGAACGCCAGGAUAAACUCCGAGACAUGGGAAUAGUGGAUAUUCUACAUAAACUGAGUCAGUCAUCAGAUCCAAAUCUGUGUGACAAGGCGAAGACAGCACUCCAGCAGUACCUUGCAUGAUCAAAGACUAAUUGAAUCCAUGGACACCCCUCAUGUCUCCUUAAGGAACAGCAGGAGAUACUCCUGACUCCUUAUAUUUGCACAAGUCACCUUGGGCUGCAUUUUUCUCAGGUGCAGGGAGCUGCUUUGCAGAAACAGUUCAAAUGAUCAGGUCUCCAGUGCACUUGAGAACUUUCUUGAGGUAGUUUCUUUACUCAGAGGACUCUCGGGGGGUUGUUUUGGUUUUUUGGGUUUUUUUCCUGAGCUACCUGGACUUUGGAUAGAACAAUCAGUCAUUGUUUUCCUUUUGGGCCUCCAAUUUUCUGCUUUUGCUGCAGCCUGUGUGUGUGGGUGUGUGCUUGGGUGUGUGUGUGCUUGGGUGAGUGUGGGUGGGUGUGAGGACUCACUUUUGGUUUUCCUUUUUUUGUGUGAAAAUCUUUUUCUACAGGUUUUCAAGGGUUAACCAUUGUUUGCUGUACGAAUACUUCAGUGAAUUAUAUACAGUUUGAAUGAAAUGUUAUUUAAAAAAAAAAACCAAACUGUUGUAUCCCAUAAAGUUUAUUUUGAAUUUUGAACAGAUGAAUGUUUUUAAGUAAAAUAUAUGCAUUUCUGAACUUCAGCUUAACUUA